GUCAAGUGAGGAGGUGGGAGGAGAGAGUAGGAAGGUGCUAAUUGUAAGUGACCUCCUGCAGGGAGCCAGGGAAUACAUACAGUGUCAACUCAGUGUUAAAGCUCAGGGGGAUAAGCAUUACCCUGUGAGCUGAGGUGUGCAGGGAGUAGCUUUAGUCUGCCUUCUGUCAGAAAGAGUUCUUCAUUGUGUGGACUGUGGUGUGAAAAAUACAUCAGAGGGAUUUCAGGUGUAAGGAAAGGAAAGAAAUACAGACUGACCUGAGGAAAAAUGCUGCUUAUUAGGUGUCUUUUAAGCUUGGCACUAUCUUUACAAGUAAUCCAAUUUGGAAAUGGCUGUGAGGGGGAGAACCGUGAUGAUAACCCAGACCAGAAAAAUCCAAACACUUCCUUAACCACCUUUAAUGAUAUAAAUAAUCUCAAUUCUGAGAGGAGAAGGAGGAACCCCUCUGAAGUCUUACCUUUCAUUGGGCUUACAGAUGCCAGAAAACUGAACAGAAGCUGCUGUCAGAAUGGAGGGACCUGUUUCCUGGGGAGUUUUUGCAUAUGUCCAAAACACUUUACUGGCAGAUACUGUGAACGUGAUAAACGGAUCAGUAGCUGUGGUGCCAUUGGCCAUGGAGAGUGGACCCAAGAAGGAUGUUUAUUCUGCCAAUGUGUUUAUGGGAUUCUGCACUGUUUCCCUCAAAACCAGGAAGAUGGUUGUGGUCCUACAAAGAAAAACAUGCCUGCUUGGAUUCAUCUUGGAAUGAUUUCUGAAGGACCAAAACUUCAACAGACAACAAACAUCCUUAUAGUUUCAUUACUGUUUCCUCUGCUUUGUCAGCUCCUCUAAUGAGUAACAAAGAUAAGAAGCAAGAAAGGUAGUUACUUUAACAAUGAGAAAGUAACAUGAAUAUGAAGUCUUUUGUUUUAUCUUUAAUUGUAUAAUGGCAAACAGCAGGAACUGAUUAUCUGCACUUGAUAUUAGUGUUUCCUGGGUGCCAACUGACUGCUUUAUUAGGUGGGUGGUUAGGAAAAGAACAGAAUUUUUAUUUUAUCCUACAACAAAUCCAUCUAUUCCUGUGCAUUAAAACAGGGGCUAUAA